AUGGCCUCCGACCAAGAAGCAGCCACCGUGCUGAAGACGCAGGGCAAUAAGGCCUUUGCGAACCACGAGUGGCCCGCCGCAGUCGACUUUUAUACCCAGGCGAUCUCGAAAUAUGACCAGGAACCGUCCUUCUUUUGCAACCGGGCCCAGGCUCAAAUCAAACUCGAGGCAUUCGGAUUUGCGGUCGCAGACGCCACCAAGGCUUUGGAAUUGGACUCGAACUACGUCAAGGCAUACUGGAGACGUGCCCUCGCCAAUACCGCCAUUUUGAACUACAAGGCUGCCCUGAAGGAUUUCAAGGCCGUCGUUAAGCGAGAACCGAACAACCAAAAUGCGAAACUAAAGCUGGCCGAGUGUGAGAAACUGGUGCGCCGAUUGGAAUUCGAGAAGGCGAUUGAGGUCUCCGAUCCUCCGUCUGCGUUCGAGGACUUGGAUAUCGAUGCUAUCAAGGUUGAUGGCAGCUACGAUGGAGUGCAGCUCGGGGACCAAAUGACCCAGGAGUUUAUCGACGAUAUGAUCCAGCGGUUCAAGGAUGGCAAGAAGAUCCACCGCAAGUAUGUCUUUCAGAUCAUCAAGGCUGUCAAGGACCUGGUCUAUGCUGAGCCCACUAUGGUGGAAAUUGGGGUGGAUGCGGGCAAGAAGCUGACAGUUUGCGGUGACACGCACGGCCAAUUCUUCGACCUCUUGGAGAUCUUCCGACGCAACGGCCUUCCCUCCGACACUCAUGCUUACCUGUUCAAUGGUGACUUUGUGGAUCGUGGAUCGUGGUCUACUGAAAUCGCCCUGCUUCUUUAUGCUUACAAAUGGCUGCGACCAAACGGCAUCUUCCUCAACCGUGGCAACCAUGAGACAGACGAUAUGAACAAGGUUUAUGGGUUCGAGGGCGAAUGCCGAGCUAAAUAUAAUGAGCGAGUAUUCAAGGUGUUCUCCGAGUCUUUCUCGGCCUUGCCGCUGGCUACGUUGAUUGGCGACAAGUACCUUGUCCUGCACGGCGGUCUUUUCUCCGACGACAAAACCACGCUGGAUGACAUUCGGAAACUUAACCGCCACAACCAACGCCAACCGGGCCAGCAGGGUCUGAUGAUGGAGAUGCUCUGGACCGACCCCCAGACCGAACCUGGCCGCGGGCCCAGCAAGCGUGGUGUCGGUCUUCAGUUCGGACCGGACGUGACCAAGCGCUUCUGCGAGAAUAACGGUCUCGAAGCCAUUAUUCGCUCGCACGAGGUGCGCAUGGACGGCUACGAAGUUGAGCACGAUGGCCGGUGUAUCACCGUCUUCUCUGCACCCAAGUACUGUGAUUCGACCGAGAACAAGGGCGCUUAUAUCAACCUCGGACCCGAGCUGAAGCUCGAGUAUCAGGUGUUCGAGGCGGUGCCGCACCCCGACAUCAAGCCGAUGGCGUACGCGCAGAACUCGAUCUUAUCGAAUAUGUGA